CUUUACCAAGUAAACGGUGAGCCCCGCCUCCCCACAACCACCCCUGCUUCAUUUAUUCUAUACCCCUUCGCCGGAAAUAGUUACCGGAAUCCUCCAUUUCCGGUAUUUCAAAGCUCGCCGUUGAUUAUUUACAAUUCGAUGGAAACGAUUAAGGAAACAAGUCGGGUCAAGGGUCCAUGGAAUCCUGAAGAGGAUGAGUUAUUGCAGAGGCUAGUUGAAGAACAUGGGCCAAGAAACUGGUCUAUUAUAAGUAAAUCAAUGCCGGGUCGAUCCGGAAAAUCUUGUAGGCUCCGUUGGUGUAACCAGCUCUCUCCUCAAGUGGAGCACCGCCCUUUUACUGCUGAAGAAGAUGAAACUAUUCUCAAAGCCCAUGCUAAGUUCGGUAAUAAAUGGGCUACGAUAGCCCGUUUGUUGUCGGGUCGAACCGAUAACUCCAUCAAGAACCACUGGAACUCGACGCUUAAGCGAAAGUGUCCUUCCACGUCGGCUGAUUUGUCAUUCGAAACUCCUAAGCAGCCGCUGAAGCGAUCGUCCAGUAUUGGGCCGGGUACAAUAUCAAUGAAUCCGGGUAGUCCAUCUGAAUCCGACUUGAGCGAUUCGGGUUUUCCUGGGUUUCCUCAGUCGAAUGUUUAUCGAGCUGUCACCCGACCCGGUGAAGUUUUGCCUCCGUCGGUACCCGACCCACCAACAUCUCUGAGUCUUUCUUUACCCGGAUCCGGAUUCAAAGAAACUACGGGUCGGGUAACCCCACAAGUAGCUGAACCGGCUCCGGCACCAGAACCCGCACUAUCUUCAGCUCCGGGUUUAAUGCCCCAGGAUCUUCCAGUAACUGAGAAUUACAGUUUUGGUCCUUCAAUUAUGGAGAAACAGUUAUUUAGCCCAGAAUUUUUGGCAGUUUUGCAAGAUAUGAUACAUAAGGAAGUCAAAAAUUAUAUGUCAGGGUUUGAGGAUAAAGAUUAACGGGGUUACUAUGCACACAGAAGCAAUAAAGAAUGCUUUUGUAAAGCGCAUUGGCUAAUGCAAGAUUGAGUGAAUGGAUAGUAGUAAUAGUAAGUUUUUUAGGUAAUACAUUUGUAGUAUUCCAUCUUGCUUCUACAAAAGAAAAUAAUUUUGAAUGGAUGUGGAAAAAAUGAGAGCAGCUAAAAAUAUGUUCAUAAGAAAGAAUGUGGAGAAAGCAAUACAUGAAAAAAGAAUUGAAUAUGAAUUUUCCAUAUCUUUUGACGAA